AUGAAUAUACAAAAUAAACAUUAUUGUCAUAUUGAUGCCGAUGUAGAAUCGUCCGGUGCUCAAAGUUCACUCAGUAGUAGUAGUAGUGGUGGUGAUGGUACCAAAAAUAAUGAGUUACCAUUUAUAUUAAAUCAAAUAUUGUUUGGUGUGGACAUCCUAUUGUUGAUUAUAUUAUCUAUUGAAUAYUUGCUUCACUUUUGGGCAUCAGAUUGUAUAUCUCAUUAUAGAGGACUCMGAGGAAAGAUACGYUUUCUAAUCAACCCUUUCCGUAUACUCGACCUWUUGGUAAUCAUAUCAUCGGCUCUUAUCGUUGGCUUCAAUGUAAAAGAAGGUUAUAUGACGCCAUCCCUUAAAGGGAUUCGGUUUUUUCAGUCAUUCAAAUUGAUACGUCUGGAGCAUCAGUUCAGACCAUGGCGUGUAAUGGCAUCAGUUAUUUGGUCACAAAGAGAGCACCUUUAUAUUACUACUUAUUGUUCAUUUUUAGCAUUAUUUAUCACAUCAUUUCUCAUAUAUUUUGUGGAAAAAGAUUACAAUCCAUUGUUUAAUAAUUUAGGCCAAGGAUUGUGGUAUUCAGUUGUAACACUUUGCACUAUUGGUUAUGGAGAUAUAUAUCCGAUUACAGCUCAGGGAAAGGUAUUGGCCAGCAUUUGCUCCAUUAUCGGUGUAGCAGUWUUUGCAUUACCCGCCGGUAUAUUAGGUACGGGAUUGGCAUUAAAGGUUCAGGAACAGCAACGAGUGAGACAGCAAUGCAAACGUAAAAUACCAGCCUCAUACAAUCUUAARCRUCAGAAGGAGUUGAAUGAAAUUGAAAAGAUUUGUUUCCGAUUUAUACUUCGGUGCAAAUAUUUUGUCGCACAGAAGCACUUCUCACAGGCCUUAAAGCCAUACGAUGUGAAGGAUGUGUUGGAACAGUACACCAAUGGUCACCACGAGAUGCUAAUCAAAGUCAAACAAAUUACCACAAAAAUCACGRCCGUUGAGUCCAUUACACAAAAGUCGUUAAAGACAUACAACGAGUCCAGAUUGGCUUUGAACUAUAGGAUGUCUAAAGUAGACAAUAAGUUAAAUGAUAUGUCAAUUAUGUUGAAUCAGGUGCUUAAAGCACAAUCUCAAUAUAAUAUUGAUGUUGAUAAUGAUAURUAA